UUUGCUGCUUCAGUUCAGGUGUUACUGAGAUUUUUUUUUCCUGAUUCUAUUUAAUAAGAUUGCCUGAUUUAAAACUGUUGACCAUUAUUGUAUCCAUAUGUCUAUUUUGUAAUGGUUUUGAACAUGUUCUUCAGGCCGUGUCUUCUCAGUGUGCAUUGACAUGAAUUAUCCAAUCAUUUUGACCCAUGACAAUUGGAAAAUUUGGGUUCAAAAUGCACAUUGGUGGAGGGAGGUGGGAACUUCAUUAAUGAGUACCAGUUACAGGGCUUUUAUUUUUUGCAGAUUUUAUUCUGGAAGUGCAACCCUCCCAAAGAUUGAAGGAGCUAAUGUAACAGGGAUCGAAGAAGUGGUCAUUCCAAAAAAGAAAACUUGGGAUAAAGUGGCUGUUCUUCAAGCACUUGCAUCCACAGUGAAUAGGGAUUCCACAGCUGCCCCUUAUGCAUUUCAGGAUGAUCCUUAUCUCAUACCAACGUCCUCCGUGGAAUCUCGUUCAUUUUUAUUGGCAAAGAAAUCUGGAGAGAAUGCAGCAAAGUUUAUUAUUAAUUCACAUCCCAAAUAUUUUCAGAAGGACACAGCUGAACCUCAUAUACCGUGUUUAAUGCCUGAGUACUUUGAACCUCAGAUUGAAGGUAUAAGUGAAGCUGCCUUAAAGGAAAGAAUCAAGCUCAAAAAAGUCAGAGCUUCGGUGGACAUGUUCGAUCAGCUGUUGCAAGCAGGAACUACUGUAUCUCUGGAAACAAGUAAUAGUCUCUUGGAUUUGUUGUGUUAUUAUGGUGACCAAGAGCCUUCAGCUGAUAAUCAUUUUCAGCAAAGUGAAAAAUCAGAAGAAUUGGAAGAGGCCAUAGAGGAAAAUAAUGAAAAAUCUAAGAAGGCUGGCCAUCAAUUUGGAGUUACGUGGAGGGCAAAAAACAAUGCUGAGAGAAUCUUUGCUCUAAUGCCAGAGAAAAACUCACAUUCCUACUGCACAAUGAUCCGAGGAAUGGUGAAGCACAGAGCUCUUGUUCAGGCAUUAAACUUGUACACUGAAUUACUAAACAACAGACUGCAUGCUGAUGUGUACACCUUCAAUGCAUUGAUUGAGGCAACAGCAUUGAGCAUGAAUGAGAAAUUGGAGGACAAAUGGAAUAAGAUACUGGAGCUGCUGAAAGAAAUGGCUGCCCAGAAGGUGAAACCAAAUCUACAGACAUUUAAUACCGUUCUGAAAUGCCUCCGAAGAUUUUAUUCAUUUGGAAGAUUGCCGGCCUUACAGACCUUUCGUGAAAUGAAAGCCAUCGGAAUAGAACCCUCACUUGCAACAUACCACUAUAUUAUUCAGCUGUUUUAUCAACAUGGUAUGUAUGACGUUAUACAUGAAAACCCUUCAAAAGGAUCAUCCCUCAUAAUCUACGAUAUUAUGAAUGAAUUAAAAGGAAAGAAAUUUUCCCCGAAGGACCCAGAUGACGAUAUGUUUUUUCAGUCAGCCAUGAGAGUUUGCUCAGUUCUCAGAGAUCUAGAACUUGCUUACCAAGUACAUGGCCUUUUAAACACCGGAGACAACUGGAAAUUCAUUGGACCAGAUCACCGGCGUAAUUUCUAUUAUUCCAAGUUCUUCAGUUUGCUUUGUCUAAUGGAACAAAUUGAUGUCACUUUGAAGUGGUAUAAGGACCUGAUACCUUCAGUAUUCUUUCCCCGUUCCCAAACGUUGAUAGAUCUUCUCCAAGCACUGGAUGUGGCCAACCGGCUAGAAGUGAUUCCUGAGAUUUGGAAAGACAGUAAAGAAUAUGGUCACGGUUUUCGCGAUGCCCUGAAAGAAGAGAUUCUGAUGCUCAUGGCAAGGGAUCGGCACCCACCAGAGCUUCAGGUGGCGUUUGCUGACUGUGCUGCCGAUAUCAGAUCUACUUAUGAGAGCCAAGAUGCCAGACAGACUGCUCCUGAUUGGCCAGCCAACGCUCUGAACUAUAUAGCUGUCCUCUUUUUAAGGGGAGGGAGGAUCCAGGAAGCCUGGAAAAUGUUGGGGCUUUUCAGGAAGCAUAAUAAGAUCCCUGGAAAUGAGUUGCUGGAUGAGUUUAUGGACAGUGCAAAAGCAUCCAACAACCCUGCCCAGGCCAUUGAGAUAGUGAAGCUGGCCAGUGCCUUCAGCUUGCCUGUCUGUGAAGGCCUCGCCCAGAGAGUGAUGGCUGACUUUGCAAUCAGCCAGGAACAAAAAGAAGCCCUGAGAGACCUAACCUCACUGACCAGUGACAGUGACAGCGACAGUGACAUCGGUGAAGGCAAAUGAAAGUGGGCAAAUCCGCAGCUGUGACCUAGCAUAGCUGAACUGACCAUAUUGUAAAGAGAGUACGGAUGGUGAACUUUGAAUAACAGUCAAUACAACAUGGAUGGCCUGAUUUAAAUUCCUAAUUUGAUACUUACUAUACCACCCAUUCAAGGUUUACUACCACUUAAACGAAAGCAUCACUACCAUUUUCGUUUCUUCGGACACAUUGUGAGGACACAGUUCCUGGUUUCAGCACAAGCUCUGUGUCCCUGCAGUGUUUGUCAGCCAACUUGACACUGUUCUCCAGUGUGGUUCGCCCUCCCCAGGUGUGGACUUGGCCUCCGUUGGCUGAUGCUGUGAUGCUGGUGCUUCCUCAGUCUUAGAGGACGUGUCUGAAGGUGGUUUGCGUACGUAUUACCAUUGAUACUGGGUCAGUAUCCCAAUAUCAGGGAUACAAAGAGGUGCAAAAUCGUGCAUCUUCGAAACGAUUAAACAAUGGCAAAGGGCUGCACAAAUGGGGAAAUGAAGGCUGUAAAUAAACUCCAGUAAUGUAUUUGCACGUAUUUCCAUUACUUUACAUGGCUUUUGUUUUCCCCCAGCCAUAGGACUUGCACAAGAGUGCUUCAUCUCCCUUUCUUCCCUGUGUGCUGGCACCUUUAGUUGGGCUCUACUCAAAGUCAUCGAAAGUGAGGACUUGUGAUGAAAAAGGACUGAAAUGAAGGUUUUCUUGAUGUGAUUGUAUUGCUGGUGAUCAUUGCUGGUCAAAAACCUCUACUUCUAGCAUUUGUCUCACCACUGGGACUUUGAAACAGUAUCAGAAGCAGCCAGGACCCUGGUUUGCAAGAGCAAACCUUAUCUUCACCAGGGCUGCUUCCACAGGCUGCUUUGCUCAUACCUGGUCCCAGAUUUACUGAGGGACCCCAUGAGUUCCCCACUGAUGAACAGCCUCAUCCUUACCCUGCCAGAGUUGGCACUGAUGGGCUACAAUAUUGUGUGUGUAUAGGUCUGUUCCCAGCUCCAUUCUGCAUCCUCUCUAGCCUGGACCUACUCCUGCAUUCUCAGAAACCUAAGCAUGGUUUCAUGUGUUCUCUUAGAAUGUUCAGUUUAAGACAUCUAAUCGAGGGACAAUGAAGGCAGGGGAAUGACACAAAUUAGCUACUUAAGCAUUCAUGUGUAUUGUCCCAUUAGACUCUUGAUAAACCAAGGCAAAUGAACAAAAGGACAAUUAAAGCAGAUUAGCCUUUUAUCUUGGUUUACAACUUCGAGGGAGACCUGGCUUCCUGGAAGCUUCUGUUAACUCCUUCCCAUCUCACCUACAGAUGCCUGGCUCUCUGCAUGGCCAAAUGCUCAUCGCAAUCCUUAUAAAUGUGGUACUUCUCCCCUUGCCAGGCCCCAACUGAAUCCUCAGCAUAGUGCUUGGCAACUAGAGUUGGUGGGACAGAGUCCCAUCUGAUGUCAUCUGAAUUUGUAAUGGAUUUCAGUGUACUUCAGUGGUUUUAAUUGCUUCAAACUUUCAGAAAAUUAGGCCUAUAGGAUUGGUAUCCAUUUUUUUUUUUUAAUGUUUAUUUUUGAAAGAGAGCAUGAGCAGAGAAGGGGCAGAGAAAGACGGAGACACAGAAUUUGAAGUAGGCUCCAGGCUCUGAGCUGUCAGCACAGUGCCCAGUGUGAGACUCAAACUCAUGAGCUAUGAGAUUAUGCCCUGAGCCAAAGUCAGACGCUUAUCCAACUGAGCCACUCAGGUGCCCCUCCAUUCUCUCAUUUUUAGAUGUUUAUUCACACACUAGUGAAAUAUUAGCCUCUAAUAGUAAAAGAUGUUUCCCCAUGCUGAAGUAAAUAACCUAGCAAUUUUUGCUUUUGGUCUGGCUCUCCAUUUCAACUUGUAGUCUGUUCUUCCUUAUGAUUGUCACUAAACUUGUAAUACAACUCAAGUACUGCAUUCCUAAAAGGCAUUGAGUAAAAUGAGUAGUGUCUUGGUCACAUGCUACAACUCAUUUUUAAGACCACUCUUCUAGGUCUUAACAUUUCCCUGAUGUUGACAUUUUAUAUAGGAAAAAUUAUAACUUAAAAUUCAAUUCAACAUUUUAAACAAAAUGGUAUGAGAUGUAAGAUUUGGGUUAUAAAUCAAUCCAGUGAAGACCAGAACCAAGUUUUAAAAAGCUCUGGAGCAUUAGUGGCAUAUAAAGCAACCAAGUUGGUCAGAAAACAGGCUUUUGGAAAUUGGGAACUGAGGACAGUUUAACUAUUUUUCAGUAACCUAACAAAAAAAAAAAAAAAAACAGGAGAAACCAAAA